UGGGGAUGGGAAGGUGCCCAGCGGCCCGGCCACCCAGCGGUCAGGUGAGCUGCAAGGGCUCUGCUGGCUGCAGGCUCUGCGAGCUUUGAGGGGGACACCAGUUGGGUCCUGAGCUGGCUUGGGGGGUUCCAGCGACCAGCCGCAGCGGAACCAGACCAAAGUGGGGGGCCACGGUGGACUGGCAGGCCCCUGGCGGGCAGGAGCGGAAACCGGUCGUCCCAGAGCGGGGCUGGGGGGUCUUAUCGCGCGGCUGGGCAGCGCGGUGGCCCGCCCAGAGGAGGCGCCCGGAGCCGCCCCGGGUUUGGCUCCGCCGGAGAAGUGGGCCGGCCGGGCGGGGAGCGGGGCGCCGGAGGGUCGAUCCGGAGGCCGCGGGGUUCUCGGGCCGCCGGCCCUGGGUUCGAGGCUGCCCGCGCCUGCCCAGUUCUGGGGGCCAGAAGCGUGCCGGCUUCUUCUCGGGCCUCAGUUUCCCGCCCGCGAGGAUCCAGGGGGAGGUUUCAGGGACCCGAGGCCUGGUGCCGGGGCCCUGCGCUCCCAGGCCUGAGCUGAGCAUCCGGACCAGAGAGGCCCAAGCCCAGUGAGGUCUGCUGUUCUAGGGGAGCCAUGAAGCUGAACGAGAGAAGUGUGACCCACUAUGCACUGAGCGACUCCCCAGCUGACCACACGGGUUUCUUGCGCACCUGGGGGGGACCCGGGACUCCCUCCACCCCCAGUGGCACUGGCCGGAGGUGCUGGUUUGUCCUCAAGGGCAACCUGCUCUUCUCCUUCGAGAGUCCGGACAGCCGCACCCCGCUGGGCCUGGUGGUGCUGGAGGGCUGCACGGUGGAGCUGGCCGAGGCCCCGGUGCCCGAGGAGUUCGCCUUCGCCAUCCGCUUCAACGCCCCCGGGGUGCGCCCGCAUGUGCUGGCGGCGGAUGGGCUGGCGGCGCAGGAGGCCUGGCUGAAGGUGCUGUCCAGGGCCAACUUCGGCUACAUGCGCCUGGUAGUGCGGGAGCUGGAGAGCCAGCUGCGCGAGGCCCGCCACAGCCUGGCGUGCCACCGGCGCGCCUCCUGGAAAGCUGCCAGCUCCCGCUGCAGACCCCAGACUCCUGACGGCUGCUCGCAGGCCUUGGAGAACGGCCACUCCCUCUCCAGGGACUGCAGCCCUCUGGGCUUGGUCGGGGAGGGGGGCAGCAGGUCCGUGGGGCGGGGCAUGGUGGAGUGGGAGCCGCAGGGCCCCGCCAGUCUCCUCCUUGGCAGGGGACAGAGCCCUGUGUCCCCCGAGACCUCCUGCUUCUCCACCCUGCACGACUGGUACGGCCAGGAGAUCUUGGCACUGAGGCGCGGGUGGCUGCAGAGGGCGCAGGGCCAGCAGUCACAAUGUGACGAGCAGGAGAGUCCCUGAGCCAGGCCCUUCGGGUUUGUCCUGCUGGCCAGGACACCCGGCCUGGCCCACGCCCGCCCUCGCGAUUUUACACGUUUAUGUUUACUCAUUCCUGAAGUUGCUGUUUCUUAAGGGGACGUUUCCCCACUGCUUUCCAGCCUUCUCCUGCUCCCCGUCCUGGAGAGGCCCGAGGAAUCUACACCUCCCAGCCCUUCCCCAAGGCCCAGAGAGCACAUGUCAUAGCUCAGCUGUCAGUGCAGGAAAUCCAUGUCUGAUGGUGCUGGCCCACCUGUUACUUAGGGGCAAGAAGUGCCUGUCACGCCCUGCCCUUUUUCGAUGUUCCAGUGUCAAGAGUUGUGUGCAUUCAAGAACCAGAAGUUGGGGGCUGGAGCGAUAGCACAGCGGGGAGGGCGUUUACCUUGCAUGCGGCCGAUCCGGGUUCGAUUCCCAGCAUGCCAUGUGGUCCUCGGAGCACAGCCCGGGGUUAUUCCUGAGUGCAGAGCAAGGAGUAACCCCUGUGCAUCGCCAGGUGUGAUCCAACAAGCCAAAAAAAAAAAAAAAAAAAAGGACCAGAAGUUGUCUGCAGCCCUGCAGCCUAGUUUAAGAGACCAGAUUUCCCAAGACCUUGCUCCCACCAAUGGUGGGAAGGUGGGGGUGUGGGCCCCCUGUUGUGCAACUGGGGUGGGGCCCUUUGGAGGAAGAGGGCCUUCAGACAACAAAGAGUUUUGUUCUGCUUCAAAGUGCCGGGGGCCCUGGCUGUCCAUCAACAGGACAUCCCCCCCAGCGGUGCUAGUUGCUGCGGUAACGGCAGAAACCUUCCUGUACUCUGCCCUCUGUCCUUGGCAGCCAACUCCUGGAGUGCCAAAGAGACAGCCAAAGAUAAGCUUUAUUACUUGGUUUCUUCCCAGUCUUGGGCAUUUGGAAGAGCUCUGGGCACCGGAUCCCUAGAACCCCGGUAAUAAACUUCUCACCGGGGCCCCCAAGGAGGUAUUUCUGGUCCUGUCCACCGCUGGCAGAAUUUCCAGCCCUGCUGCCACCCUUCUGUGUAUAUGCCAAAACUCUUUCUGAGCUAUUCAGCAGCAAGAGGACAACUAUGUUCUUUCCUGAAUGUUCUGGGAGGCAAAGUAGCUGGGCUGACGGGGCCAGGAAGUGGCUGGAUGAAGAUGCAGAGCCCGGCACAGACCAAGUCCUGUCCCCCAUGUCCACAAUCUGCCCUGUCUUAGCCCCUCUCUCCCUUAUGGGGCUCUCUGGGUGCUGUGACCAAGGCCCAACCAGUUCCAGUGGCUUCAGUUGGGAACCUCAAGUCCAGGAAGCUGAGCCGCUGCCCAGGGUCCAGGGCUCCUUCCUGCUCCCCAGAAGAGGGCUGUCCGGCUCCACAGCACCUGUCAUACACGCAGACACUACAGGCUCUUUGAUCUUGUUCUUUUUUAUAUAUGAAUAAAAACUUGAUUUUAU